GGCCCGCGUGUUACUGAGGAGACGCGCUCGAGCGGCGACUCAGCUGAAACUCAGGGACUUUACUCCAGUGAUUAAAAACCCUCAAGGAGAAGGACUUAAAUCGGCGCUAGGCUCAGAAACUACAAGUCCCGACAUACCGCAGGAGUGUCUGUGCAUGUCUGGACCAGGAGCAGGCUGCACAUGCACAGUUCAGCAUUGAGAGAUCUUCGAAUCAGGGACAUGCCGAGGGUGUCUACGUGAUGGUGGCGUGCAAAACUGACCACAAGACCCAGUGGGGCAGAAAAGAUCUACUGAUGCUACCAAGGCCACCUGGUACAUGUUGACUAAAUCAAAUUAUGUAAUGACAGUCAUGUGACAAAAGGUGACAACGAUGACCCUCACUGAAAGGCUACGUGAAAAGAUAUCACAGGCUUUCUAUAAUCAUGGGCUGUUGUGUGCGUCUUACCCCAUUCCCAUUAUUGUUUUUACGGCUGUGUGCAUCUUAACGUGCUGUUAUCCCUUAUUAAAGCUACCUCUGCCAGGAACAGGGCCUGUGGAGUUCACAACACCUGUGAAGGAUUACUCUGUACCCCCACUUGAACGAAAUCCACGACAUGCUGAUCAGAAUGAUAGACCAGAUUGGUAUGCUGGACCUCCAGUUGCAUAUAUCCAGCAAAUAUUUGUAAAAGCUAUUGUAUCCCCUUGGAACAAAAACCUAAUUGCUGUGGAUGUAUUUCGUGCCCCUCUAUCGAAAGUUUUUCAGCUGGUGGAAGAAGUAAGAAAUCACAUCUUUCAAGACAGUGCUGGCACCAAAGGCCUAGAAAGUUUCUGCCUCCAGGUCACUGAUCUACUCCCUGGGUUAAAGAAGCUAAGGAGUCUACUUCCUGAACAUGGCUGCCUCCUCAUCUCUCCAGCUAACUUCUGGAAGAAUGACCGUGAUCACUUUGACUCUGAUCCAGAUAUCAUUCGCACUAUUCACCAAUAUGAGCCGAAGACUCUCCAAACAUCUGCUUCACUCAAAGACUUGCUGUUUGGAAUUCCUGGGAAGCACAGUGGAGUCAACAUACACAAUCGCAAAAGGCUGGUAUCUUAUGCUGUCACUAUCAUCCUGCAGGAGUAUCACUCAAGAUUCCUAAACAGUCUCCGACUGAGGUUGAAGCAGCUUCAUCCUAGUGUGAACAGUACACUGAGAGAAGAUCAGAUAGUCCAUGUCCAUUUUAAAGAAGAGAUUGGCAUUGCUGAGCUGAUUCCUCUGGUCACUACGUACAUCAUUCUUUUUGCAUAUAUUUAUUUCUCUACCAGGAAGAUUGACAUGGUGAAAUCAAAAUGGGGUCUUGCACUUGCAGCAGUGGCAACUGUUCUGAGCUCUCUCCUCAUGUCAGUUGGUUUGUGCACACUUUUUGGUCUUACUCCUACUUUGAAUGGAGGUGAGAUCUUUCCAUAUCUGGUUGUGGUCAUUGGUCUGGAGAAUGUCCUUGUUCUCACUAAGUCGGUUGUCUCCACCCCUGUAGACCUUGAAGUGAAACUGCGAAUAGCACAAGGUUUAAGCAAUGAAAGUUGGUCCAUUAUGAAGAACAUGGCUACAGAACUCGUUAUCAUACUGAUUGGUUACUUUACCCUGGUUCCAGCUAUUCAGGAAUUUUGCCUGUUUGCUGUGGUUGGACUCGUUUCCGAUUUCUUUCUGCAGAUGUUUUUCUUCACAACGGUGUUGUCCAUUGAUAUCCGCCGCAUGGAGCUUGCCGACCUUAAUAGACGCCUUCCUGCAGAGGCCGUUCAAGAAAUCCCUGACCACUUGAGGCUGUCUCGUUCCAAGUCAGUUCCAAGGCAACAGAGAUAUGAGCGUCAGCCCAUGAUACGGCCUUCGGCUCCUUACACCAUCUCCCUGCAGACUUCUUCUUUUAGAAACCUACGGUUGCCAAAGAGAUUGAGAGUAGUAUAUUUUCUGGCUAGGACACGACUCGCACAGAGAAUCAUUAUGGUCGGGACAGUCAUAUGGAUUGGAAUCCUGGUUUAUACUGAUCCCGCUGGUCUCCGGACAUUUUUAACAGCACAGGUGACUGAACAGAGUCCACUAGGAGAGAGUGGCAUAGCACCCAUUGCGGUUCCACCAGGAGUUUUCCAAAGGGGAGAUAUGAAGAGCAGUUUGCCUGGUUUUCCAUCAGACGUAACCCCACCAUUAGAGAAUCAGUCACAUGGCACAGAUCAGAACAAGAAUCCAAAUUCUCUUGAUGCCUUAUCUUUGGUCCCACCUGAAAAUAUAACUGAUAAUGACAAACAGCAUGUUCAUAGUGAGACCAGCCUCCCAGAGAAUGACUUCAAGGAAGAGAUCACAUGGGGAGCUCAGGAUCAGGAGAUGUGGCGGAAGCUAUCAUUCCGACAUUGGCCAACUCUCUUCAGUUACUAUAAUAACACGUUGGCAAGGAAAUAUGUCAGCAUUCUUCCCAUUAUCCCAGUCUCCUUCCAUUUGAGUCUGCAAGAUGCUUUGGAUGCACGACACCCUCAAGAUGCAAAGCGAUACCAUUCCAUUUUCUCAGAUUAUGGAGAGUCAAAAAACAUUGAUGGAACCUCAAGGGAACAUGCCUCCGCUAAACCACAAGUUCCUUUAGACAUCACUCUCUACAAAGUUGGAGCUCUUGGAUUGGCAUCAGGAGUCCUCCUUGUAAUUCUGCUCUUCUGCUUGUAUAAAGUGUUCUGUCCAAAAACUUAUGGCCAAGGUGGCCUUGCUCAUGGGAGAAGGCGACGUGGAGAAUUACCCUGUGAUGACUAUGGCUACUCUCCACCCAUCAGUGAAACUUUGCCACUGAUUUUGAAGGGACACUUAAUGGAUAUUGAAUGCUUAGCCAGUGAUGGGAUGUUGUUGGUCAGCUGCUGCUUGUCUGGACAAAUCAGAGUGUGGGAUGCACAGACUGGUGAUUGUCUGACUGUCAUACCAAACCCAGGGCAAUGGAGGGAUAGCAGCAGUUGCUAUGAGUGGCAGGAGAGCUGGGAGUAUAUAUCAGAUCCUGAGAAUGGAACAGAUGAUUCAUUUGAGAACGAGCACAACGUCCGGAGGAGAAUGACGCCUACGCAACCUAUUCUGUUCACCGAUCAGCCAGACUUAUCUGGGUUAAUAGACACCAACUUUGCAGAGCAGAUUAAAGAGGAAGAUACAGUUUCCAGACAGCGGACUGUCUCUGAACAUUCACAAGAGACUGGCUAUGACUAUGGCAGAGCUUAUGAUAAAGCAUACGAGGAUCAUAAAAUGUUGAAUGUACAGAACCUGAGGUGUUACCCAUCUCCCCCAACACUUUUGAGGUGUUCUCAAACAUCUGUGAACCUCAAAUCACAUGGCUGGGAUGGGGGCUGCAACCACAGGAGGCGGAGUUUAGGGGAUGAGCCACUUCCUGUGUUUGAGAAGACCUCCCCCAUUCCUAUGUGGGUUGGAGACUGCGAAUGCUCUGUCUGGAGUCUUGGCAUACAGGGUAACCUGAUUGUAGCAGGAAGAAGCAGUGGACGACUUGAGGUAUGGGACGCUGCAGAUGGAACCCUGCGCUGCAGUAACGAAGAGGGCUCAUCUGGGAUAACGGCACUGACUUUUGUCACAAACAGAAUCGUUGCUGCAAGAUUGAAUGGCUCCUUAGAUUUCUAUCGUCUAGACACCGAUAAAACCUUUAACCAGCUGCAGUACCGAGGAACACCCAACAGGUCCACCAUCCCGUCAUCACCAGUCUUCAACAAUGAUGAUAUCAUAGUUUGUCAAUUAACCCACAUGGUUCCUUGUGCACACCAAAAGCCCAUCACAGUUCUGAAAGCAGCUGCUGGCAGAGUGGUCACAGGGAGUCAAGACUACACACUGAGAAUAUUUCGGCUUGAGGACUCCUGUUGUCUUUACACUUUACAGGGUCACUCAGGAGGGAUCACAGCAGUUUAUAUAGACCAGACAAUGGGGCUGGCUAGCGGUGGGCAAGAUGGAGCUAUUUGCCUCUGGGAUGUAUUAACUGGAAGCCGAGUGAGUCACAUGCAUGGUCAUCGUGGUGAUGUUGUUUCUCUCAUCUGCACAUCAAGCUGUAUAAUCAGUGGUGGACUGGAUGACAUGAUCUGUAUAUGGGAUCGCAACUCUGGUAUCAAACUCUAUUCCAUUCAACAGGACAUCGGUUGUGGCGCAAGUCUAGGGGUGAUAUCCGACAACCUUCUAGUGACUGGGGGUCAAGGCUGUGUUAGCCUCUGGGACAUUGGCUACGGGGACUUACUUCAGACCGUCUACCUGGGCAAAAAUAAUGAGUUGCAGCUUGUUCGACAAUUGUUGGUCUUGGACAAUGCCGCCAUUGUGUGUGACUUUGGCAGUGAGCUUAGCCUUGUUUAUUUCCCAUCAGUGCUGGAGAAGUUGGACUGAAAGAGAGAGAAGUUUUAUGCUAACAAGUCCCUUGCUCAAAUAAGAAGAAUGGAAGCAAAAUUGUCAUCAUGUUCCUGAGUUUUUGUGUAACUAGGGAUGUGAUACACUGGAUGGUUAGAAGCUCAAGUGAAUGGGGAAAUAUCUGCUCAGGAUGUUAGGGAUUAACAUGCUAGUGAGAGGAAACAAAGCAAAAUUAUAAUUUUAUAAUUUAUAUAACAAAGCUUCGGAACUGUGCAUUGCACAGUGAAAGUACCAUAAAUCUUCCCUAAAGCACUAUGUUGACUUAGCAAGCAGGUGAAAGUUUAGUAAUCAAGCCUGAUUUUAUGCAGUUUUGCAAUGUUGCUUCAUGUGAAAUAGAGGUAAACUGUGAUGCAAAGAAGAUAGUGCAGAGGUAUUUUUUUAAAUUAACAGAUUAAUUUUUUUGUAAUGAGUUGAUUUUUUUAAAAAAGUACAUUAAAGACUUAAGUUUAAAAAAGGAUAGCACUGUACAAGAGAGAUUAAAAUGUAGCUGCAGUCUUGCAGAACUUUAAAAAUUUUUAUAGGUAAAAAGGAAAGUGUAUAAAAGACAGGAAAUAAGAAUUAAAAAGAGAAAAUUGUGAAAAUUCAUAGUUCUGUCAGCAUUUGUGAAGAAAGAAGAAAAAAUUCUUUUUAAAAUUCCAUCAAAACUGGCUGUCAUUUUGACUGGUGCUUUUUUUCUCUGAAGAGAAAAUGGAAAGUGCUAAAGGGAGCUUAUUCAGAAUCCAAAACUCCUGAGACUGAGGUACUUGUUAAAAGUUGAUCAGCCGCAGCUGAAAUAUUAACAUCUUUACAGGUGCUAAUGACCUGUGUACAUUUAAAACACUCUCUCUAUCAUAUUAUGUAUAGUGGAAUCCUGUUAGCGUUAACCAUGCUGCUCAGCAAUCACCAGCGUUUUUAGAACAGCUGGUUAAUUAACUAUUCUGACUUCCAUCGCUUUUGCGGUGCUCAGCUUUCUUCUUAUUCCUAUGCUUGUCAGUUUCUACAUCUCCCUCUUCACCCCGGUGCUUCUCUUCUCCCUUCCAUCUUCCCCUUGCCCCCAUGCGCCUCUAUACUUCCCAAUUUCUUUUCAUCCCUGUGCUAUUGAGCUUAGUGCUAUAAAGCAAAUGUUGCAAUGUUUAUUUUAUUCUUUUAAUCAUUUUACACUGUAAACCAGUAUUCUGAAUGAUGUACUGCUCAGCCUUUUAAAUUGCUCAGCUGUGCAGUGUUCAGGGCAUAAACUGCAAGGUUCCACCACUGUUCAGAGCCUAACUGGAUGCAAGCAUGGCCAAGAAAAGGCUGCAGCAUUGUAGCCCCACAUCUAUGGCCAAACUCAUGUUUAACAUGAUGAAAUUGAGUCUCAUGAUUGCUACCAUUGUGUGUCAAUCUCCAAGUAGGAGCCCCAUUAAUAUUAUUACUUAUUUCUAUGUUAAAUAUUAAAAUUAAGGUAAUUGAUUUUCAAUAGUUAAAGCUCCUACUAAAAUCUUUGCUGUAAACAACCAAAACUGACAGAAUCAGAAUUUUACAGUACAGAUAGGAGCCUAUUUGGUCUAUAGUGCCUGUGCCAGCUGAGAGCUAUCCAUUUAUGCCCAUUCCCUCUUAAAUUUUUUAUUUUCAGUUAUUUAUCUCUUCCCUUUAAAAAAAACUGUUAUGGAUUCUACUGCCCCUACCUUUUUCUGGGUGGGGUUUAUAGGGACAUUGCAUAUUGCGUAUAUAAAAAAAAUCCUAACACCUCUCUUGAUUUGUUUAAUGACCUAAAAUUUAUGCACCCUAGGUAAUGACUCAUUAACCAUUGCAAAUAGUUCCUUUCUUUUUACCUGAGCAAACUCUCCAUAAUUUUAAACCUCUACCAGAUCUCCUCUUAACCUUCAUAAAACCCUUCAUAGUUUUCAGCUCCCCCUCCCCCUCCCCGCUCAUCCCUAAACCUUCUCUAUUUUGGUGAUGAUUAUAUAAACAACCACAAUAACUUUAACAGUUUCAAAAAUUUCAGAUGGUGUUACUUUGGAAAGCCAUCUGUGAUCAUUAUUAUGGAGAAUGAUCACUAUAUAAAAGGAUUCCACUGUACCUGAAUUGCUAGUUAUUUAAUUGAGGAAAUUCCUAAUGGUCACUAAGGUUCAAUACAGAGACUACCGAUAUGCAUUUUAUUUUUGCUGCCAUAUGUAAAGUUGACGGGUAUGUGCUAUAGAUGAAUCUCACUUUAUUGAGAUUUCAGCAUGUAUUGUAAAAUGCAAUGUAUUAGAUCACCUUGUUUGAAAACACAAUGUUCUAAUUAUGCAGCUGAAGAUGGUCAGACCCAGUUGAGAAUAUUAUUUAACAUGGAGGGUAUGUGCUGAACUGAUUGUCCCCUUUAAGCCUCCCCUCUUCCAAGUCAUCAGUUUCUCAGAAGCUGCAAAAGAUCCACAAAGUUGAGGGCAGCCUAAACUGUGACUAAACAAUAAUAACAGACAAAUCCUGCACUGUCCUUCACAUUGAUCUGUCUGCCUUCUGUUUUCCCUGUCUAAUUAAGAGUCCCAUCCUUACUUAGCUUUGUUGUAUGUUUAAUUUCUUGGGGCAGAGUUUUUUUUAAAAUGGUUAAUUUUCAAAAGUGUAAAGAAAAAUAGAUAAAUUAGUUGAAGGGUAGUGGUUAAAUUCCCGAUGAGAACUUAAAACAGCACUCUUUAGUCACCUACUGUGAGCUUAAUUUAAAAAUAAAACUAUUUAUUGCGCAUUUUUUUUGAAGGAUAUACUGUAAUACAGGGUGUUGUACAGUCGAGUUAAUGUCACUUAUUUAUGGGAAUAACUAUAAAAGGUGAUGCUCAGUAAUGGAAAUUUGGUCCCAUGUCACACUACUGAUUGGAUGUUGGUCAAUGUCUUUUUCAGGGUGGGGGGGUACAAAUAUUAUUUUCCUCCACAAUUUGCCUGGGUUGCUGCAGCCACCUGUGGCCAUGAGCUCGAGGAGACCUACUCCUAGCUGGCCAUUGGGACAUCUUGCUGUCUAGUUAUUCCUAUCUGACUGACUCUUGUGUUUCCCCUUAGCCUCCAUCGUUUCUUUUCCCCUCCUGUUUUUGCAAUCUCCCUCUGUUUGCUCUCCAGUGUUUGUGCAUUUCUUUUUAUAUAUUACAUUUAUACUUACUCAUUUCUCUCAUCUGUCUCUGUAUCAGUUUCCUCUCUGCUUCUUUAUCUCCAUCUCUCUUUCCCCAUUUCCCCCCUCUCUGGUAUUUUUCUCUCUUUAUAUCUACCUGUUUCUCUCCCCACUAAUAUACCUCCAUAUUUUCCUGCCUUUCUCCUUUGGCCCUCUAGCCUCUGCUUUGCACCUCACCCCAGCAGUGCCAGUGAGAUCAGAAACUCGGACCUAAAUUGGGAAAUUAAAUCUGUGACCCCAAAAUAUUGCUGCGUUGAGCACAUGCUUUUUCUAAAUACAGACUCUUUUUAUUCAAAGCAGAGAUUGUUUAAUAUUUAAAAACAAAGUAAUUGUGUGUAGAGUUUUUUUAAAAUAUGAAAUGUACUUGUUUAUUGUAAUUAAGUUCUGGCUGAAUUCUGUGCACACUGCCAGUGUUUGAAAACUUAUAUCUGAGAGAGAUCUCAACAAGCCCUGGUCUCCCUUUGAUUACAGACGGGAUUUUUUUUAGGUUUCCAUCAUGAUAGCUCUUUUGAACAUAAAUAAAAUAUCUCCUGACUUUUUUUGUAAAUUUUUUUUAAAGUGUGAGAAGAUAUUAGAAAAACAAAAUUAGUGAAAUGUACAGAACCAAAGAACAUUUCUUAAUCUAUCAUUUUUUGCAACAAGCUUUAAUAAAAAGAAAUGCAAAGA